GGGCUCUGGCGAUUGGAUACUUGGUACUGUACACGAAAGAUAUAAAAAAUCUAACAUUCUAUGAAUGUCCCUGAGAAGGUCAUGUCAAAGAUUUCCCGGCUGAUCCGAAGGCAAACAGGGUACAUUUGAGACAGUUGUACAAUGCUAUUCGAUUAGACGACUUUCACCUGGACACCAGGUUAUCAAAGACCUUUUGUUCAAACAGGUGAAGUAGGCUUUCGGUUGCAUUUUUAUUCACUUUUCAUACCACCACCAACAAACACUCAAAUCGAGAAUGGACUCCGAGGACGAGCGAGAGCUAGAGCAAGACAAUGAGCUGCGGGGCAGUAUGUAUACUAGUACUGUCUUCAUGCGCUAUCUUGCACUCAAUGCUCGACAUCUGUCAUUAGAUUCAUAUCAGUUGGAGAUGCGUCUGCAUCAAAGUAAAGAACGAGAAUGCCUACGUCGAUUGAACCUCUUGAUAUACGAGGGUAGCGAUUCGGACAAGGACGAGAACGAGGAUGACGAUGACGAUUCCGACGAGGAUUAUGGUGACGAUGAUGACGAUUCCGACGAGGACCAGGACCAGGAUGAAUAUAGACGCAUCGUGAAUACUGCCAGGAUUUAUCGCAUAAUGCGAUUCUACCAGACGGUGGAGGGCUUUCAUAAGGGCUCAUUGGAUCUCACAGGUCGACAUCGACCACGAUAUGAUUCGAUCAUCCGGCGUUGGAAUGCGUUCUCUUCAGACCUUGAAGACGUGUUGUCUAACGCAAAAUUAUCUUUCACUCCUAUGAACAUCGGAGACAGUCAACUUGGCGGUAAAGCAGCCUUGGAACCAAAACUAGAACCAGAGUCUCCCCACAAAUGGGACCAGUUUCUGGUCAAGUGGCACGCUCAUGACACCUUUUCAUUGUACAAAUUUUCUACCUGGAGAGAUCGUGUAGUAGACUGCUUCAGAGAAAACCGUAAUCCCAAAUUCCAAACGUUGUGCCUACAUCAUCUACCUCCGGAGCUUCUCCUUUAUAUCGUGGAGAUCGCUGGCGUUGACCUGGCACAGAAGCUGGGAACUACGUGUCGCUUGCUCAGAGACAUAUCGUUUCCAUACGUGUUCAAGGAUCACACUUUCAACCUAUCAUGCAAUCUUGAUAGGGAUCAUCAGUACAACUCUCUAGAUUCGUUCGACGCACAGGUGGCAUACUUGGAGCCCCUGGUCGCCCAGGCGCGUUUGAAAUUCCUAAGCGAUGUCGACUUUGUUAAGGCGCGUCCGGAUAUCCUCACAGCACUGCGUAAUCUGUCCGUGCAUGGCGACUGGCGCGUACAGACAAACCUUGUAGAUGAUGAGAGUCGGCAUUCCUUCUAUGCUCCGGUAUACGCGAGCAUCAACAAUCUACUACCUUGUCUACCAAAUCUGCAGUCUUUAACACUUACAUCCUGGGACAUCACAGAGGAGUUGACACGAAGCUUUCGGUGUCUCAAGCAACUUCAUACUUUGAUGAUGUCCGCGUGCACUUCGGCAGUGCGCUUCCCGCAUGCUAUUGCGAAGCUUCCCUCGCUCCUAAACCUCCAGUUGCUGAUGUUCACCAAGGAACAACGUGAUUGCUGGCUUUUCCUCGGAAUGUGCCCGAAUAUUAAGGACCUCUUCGUCCUGUCAUCAGGCGGCAACCGACUCGGAGAUGAUCCAGAUUUGAUAAUGCCUCUGCUUCCCUUUGAACUGGCGACAGCCUUCAACCCUUUCAAUACACUCCAAAGAUUAAGUGUGUUGCGAGUCCCACAAGAGUGGCUUUUACAGCUCAACGCCUCGAUACAAUCAGUCCGUGAUGGUCACAAGUCCACGGGUCUCCAGCUUACGCAUUUUAAGCUGGAGAUCAGUGACGGCUUGGAUAGACAAAACCUUUUCACGCUCCUUGACGCAUUGAAUGGCGCAUCAAUAAGAUUCCUGGUCUUAGAUGGCCUACGCUACGCAGCACCUGACCUCCUCGACCGAAUCGCCAGCGCAAUGCCCCAACUUGAAUAUUUAUCGCUUCACUACAAAGAAAGCGACACUGUCCCUCGUACAAUCGCAGCUUCUUGGCCAUUUGCCACUUCGGAAUAUGCCCCACACUUUGCCAAUUUCACUCUUCUUCGUUGGUUCUUCUGGAACCACAGGACGAAUAUCGAUAAAUCGGAGAGUAUUGCCAAGCUUUUCUCAGCAUCCUGCCCAUCACUUGAAGGUGUCGAUUUAAAACCUUCAUUGGGAGGAACGCAUAAGAAGGUUCAUGCCAAAGGUGAAAUCGCAUUUGUGACGAAUGAUGUGAGCACAGACACAAUACUUUGCCAAAUGUGCCAUCCACUUCAACAGGCUUGGCCGCCAUGCACACCUGCUUCCAUCUAGGUAAAUCCUUCAAAUAUCUACCCGGCACACAUUGCAUUUGCCCAGAGAACCAUAUUAUACUCAUACAAGUUGCAUUCGAUUUCUACGGUUUUCUUUUCCUUUGUUUCCGCCCGACUUCACAGAGUCCUUUACUUCCCACCCUGCUGCUUGAGGAUAGCUUCGACCUCCGGCUUAAUGCUAGCCAACAUAUCCUUGGUAGUGUGUUUCGGGUUCCAACCAAUCGAGCGGCCACGAUUUGCGCGGCAGCGGGAGUUACUUCCGGCGUAGUUACCUGCAUCCUAGUUAUAUGUACACUGUUAUCAGUCACAACUCUCCGUGUAACACCUGAAGUGGCUUUAAUAGAAAUUAACAUACCACUGAACCG